UAAUUCCCUCAAAUGUCAUGUCCAAAAUGCGCAACAAAAGUGGUUGACUUUCUGCUGCAUUGGGGUAUAGGGUAUAGGAGAAGGACGACAAUGUGAUUGUUGUUUUAGUGGCGCUCAAUGCGGAGCAAAAUGUGUUGUUUUCAGAAAAUUAAGUUUUAUUCGAGUAUUUGCGGUGCCUUCGAACAGACGACACAAAAUAAAAGCGACGCAAAAUUGCUAAGUGCAGCAAAAAUCUUAACAUCAAUUUUAGUAGCGAAAAGCGAAGAAAAAAAAUACUAUAUACGCGAUUGAGAUCAAUAAGUAAUAAAAUCUAAAAAUAACUUUUGUUAAGGCUACAACUUAAUUACAUAAAUUAAUUUCACAAAAAUCAUGUCGGACGUCAGCAUGGAAGGUGAGGUGAGCAGUUCGUCCUCGAGUCCCGAAAAGCGGCGCUCAACUGUUCCUAAUAUUUUACCACAUCAACGUAGUUUCGAAAAACGUUAUAGUCACAUGAUACACAGACAAAUAUUGGAGACGGGCGUGAAUAAGGAAGCGUUACAACGUCAAAUCAACGCAUAUUUUUCGUGUGGCGGCGGAAAAGCCAGUAGCUCCUCUACUGCUACUGCUGAGGACGAUGCCAAAGAUAAUGUGCCGGAGUCAGCGGAUAGAGCAUCGGAAACGGCGGAAAAUGGUGCAGAAGAAGUUAACAAAGCCGAGGGGCAUAAACGAUCUUUGGAUAAAGCGGAAACUAUCGAUGUGGCAGAGAUACCGGGAGCGAAAGCAACAGCUGACGAUUUGUAAAGACUAUACAUUGUUUAUUUUUUCUGUUAGAAAAAUAAUUACUGACGAGCAUCAAAAAUUAGUUAAACUACCGCUGGUGUUACUUAAAAUAAAUUUUA